UCCACUAUGGACAGAGCCACCGUGGAGCAGCUGCCUGCCCGCCACAGACCCAGCUGACAUGGGCACCGUCAGAGCGGCGCGGCUGUGCGGGGCGAUCCUUGGCUUCCUCCUGCUCCAAGGCCACCACUCCCAGCCCAUGACGAUGCAGACAUCUCGGUUUCAGGGAGCCUUUGGCAAACCAAGUCUGAUCACAGAACCACUUUCUUCCAAUACAGGAAAUAACUCUUCCUCAGAGCCCAGAAGCUCAAGCUCUCCGGCCAGUGCUGGGACCCCAGACACUUCUCAAAAUAUUACUCCCAUAUCAACCACCAUGAGCCUGAGGAUAAGAGAAGACUCAACCAUUUUGCCCAGCCCCACGUCAGAGACGGUGCUCACUGUGGCUGCAUUUGGUGUUAUCAGCUUCAUUGUCAUCCUAGUGGUUGUGGUGAUCAUCCUAGUCAGUGUGGUCAGUCUAAGGUUUAAGUGUCGGAAGAACAAGGAGUCUGAAGAUCCCCAGAAACCUGGGAGUUCGGGGUUAUCUGAAAGCUGCUCCACAGCCAACGGAGAGAAAGACAGCAUCACCCUGAUCUCUAUGAAGAAUAUCAACAUGAAUAACAGCAAAGGAUGCCCCACCACAGAGAAGGUUCUUUAGAAGCAAUGUUGGGUCCCCAUGGAUCCAAGGAUGAUGCAGCUGCCCUGUGACUAUAAAGAGGAAGGCGAUGGGAUCAGUAGACGCACGAGCCACAUAUAAAUUAUUUUAUUAUUUCACAUUUACUCCAAGAUCUAAAGGACACUAGCAUUACCCCAGAUCUAGGAGCAAGCUACAGACUCUGAGACUCUGAGAGACUCUGAGAGACUCCUUCCCAUAUGGGCAGCCACUCGAGAAACACAGCCUGUUCCUCUCACCUGCUCACAGUCACAGGAAGGAAGAGUCUGUAGAGCAAGAGCAAGGAAAUGAUAAAAUGGAGUGGCCCUUGCUACUUUGCAUUAAAAUUAUUUUCUGGCCGACAGUCUAA